ACCACUCUUCUGCAAAAAAAAAAGUCAGCGCCGUUCGCUUUGCCUUUUUCUAUCAUCUCUUUUCUCAACUCAUCCUGGCUCUCCUGGUCAACGCCUCCGAGGCAGCAGCGUAGGCGGAUCUUUGGCUCAGAUCUGGACGGUUGUCAAGUUUUUAGUGGGAAUGACCACCGAUAACGACUGGGAUCUUGGCGCGGUAGUGAGGAGCUGCCGGGCAGCGGCGGCGGCGGCGGCGGCAAAGACGAUGGAGUGGAGUGACUUUGCUGCUUUACCCUUCUCGGAGGCACCGAUUGAGUUUUGGGACGCGAGAGAAGGAGCUAAAGGUGGCUCCUUUUUAGGUUUCCCGGAUCUUUUCCGGGGUGGCGAUGGCGAUCAGGAGCUGGAGGAGCUUUGCAAGCCCUUCCUGACCAUCAGAGUCCACCAGCCGCAACGAUCGGGUCCUGAGCCGGUGACAGCUUUUCCUUCCUCUGCCUCUGCCUCUGCCUCCGCCUCUGCCUCCGCCUCUCCUCUUUUGGCGGCCGCUAUGGCGGGGCAGCAUCCGCCGCCCCAACCGGCGAGGCAACCUCACCGCUCUUUUGUCCAGAUGCCUCGAGCCAAACGCAGGAGAAACCAGCAGAAGAAGGUAGUGUGCCACGUCUCCGCCGCCAGGCUCUCCUCUGACGACGUGUGGGCGUGGCGUAAGUACGGACAGAAACCGAUCAAAGGCUCUCCUUAUCCCCGGGGAUACUACCGGUGUAGCAGCUCAAAGGGUUGCCUCGCUCGGAAGCAGGUCGAGCGCAGCCGCGCUGACCCCUCCAUGUUCAUCAUCACCUACACCGCCGAGCACAACCAUCCCAUGCCCACUCACCGCAACUCCCUCGCCGGCAGCACCCGCCACAAAUUCUCUUCUCCUGGGCCCGCUGCUACCGCCUCAGAAGGAGACGCAUCCAGCGGCGGUGGAUUCCCUCGUCAGACCGAGAACCACUCCAACAGUCCUCACUGUACCUCCGCCGCCGGGCUCUCCCCCACCACGCCCCUCACGUCCUCCAUGGAGGACGAGCUCCUUAACUUCCGGCAGACAGGAGACGACGGAGACGAAGCAGAUGACGAGGAGAUGGAAGAAGAGGAGGGAAUGCUGCUAGUGGAGGACAUGGAGGUCAUGGGCGAGGACGAGUUGCUCUUCAUGGGUGUUGCAGACGAAGCCGCUGUCCCACGAGCCGGGGAAGCGGCGGCGGAGUUCUUCGGUCACGAAAGCGGGCUCGGCGAGCACCUCAUCGCGCCGCCAUGGUCGUCGGACAGUACAAAUGCCGCCGCUGCAGCUGAUGCCUCCAUCUCUGUACGUUCUUUGCCACUGGGAGAGCCCAGAGAGAGGAAGCACAGCGGAAGACAGCAUCUCAUCCGUCCAUUCCUCCCUUAGCUCAUAUCUCGGCCGCUACUUUCCUUUUCCUCCUCCUACAGGACACGGCAGCGCACUGACGUUGGCAAAGUUGUAAAUUUCUGUGUCCUUUUCUCUCUAAGUUUGUGUCCCUUGUUUACGAUGACAAUGUCUAGAGAAUAGAGGAAUAGCCGAUUCACUGUUGACUUAAUAGAGUUGCUGCCUUGUUUCAUUCAGAGAUC